CGCUUCCUCCGCAUUCGUUCCUGCGCGCUGCCGCCGGAGUUAACAUCUUACGUGAGGACCUGAAGGAAAGCGCCACUCGUCGUGACAGCCGGUUCUCCAGAACUUUAACGCGUCCAGGUCGUGCCUGAAAGACUGAGCGACUGCUGUAUCUGUGUUUUCGAUGCACGGGAGUGCCCCGGGAGCGGCGAAGGGAGAAGACAUCGCCGGCGGCACCGACUGUUCAGCAGGAUGAGUGAGGCCGAGGGCCAGUUCUACAGCGUCCAGGUGGGAGACUCCACCUUCACUGUGCUCAAGCGCUACCAGCAGCUCCGGGCCAUCGGCUCCGGCGCCCAGGGCAUCGUCUGCUCUGCUCUGGAUUCAGACCUCGGGGUCCCGGUGGCAGUGAAAAAGCUGUGUCGACCCUUUCAGAACCAGACGCACGCUAAGCGGGCCUACAGGGAGCUGGUGCUGCUAAAAUGUGUCAAUCACAAGAAUAUCAUCCGUCUGAUCAAUGUGUUCACGCCUCAGAAGUCCCUGGAGGAGUUCCAGGACCUGUAUCUUGUAAUGGAGCUGAUGGAUGCCAGCCUAUGCCAGGUGAUCCACAUGGACCUGGACCAUGAGCGGAUGUCCUACCUGCUCUACCAGAUCCUCUGUGGCAUCAGGCACCUGCACUCUGCUGGCAUCAUCCACAGGGACCUGAAGCCCAGUAACAUUGUGGUGAAGUCGGAUUGCACUUUAAAGAUCUUGGAUUUCGGCCUGGCUCGUACGGCCUGCACUAACUUCAUGAUGACCCCGUACGUGGUGACCAGAUACUACCGUGCCCCCGAGGUCAUACUGGGCAUGAAGUAUAAGGAGAAUGUGGACAUCUGGUCAGUGGGGUGCAUCAUGGGAGAGAUGGUGAAAGGCGGCGUCAUCUUCCAGGGCACUGACCACAUCGACCAGUGGAAUAAGGUGAUUGAGGUUCUGGGCACGCCCAGCCUGGAGUUCAUGAACCGACUGAUGGAGACCGUGAGGAACUAUGUGAUGAACAAGCCGCAGUAUCCUGGCGUCAGCUUCGCCGAGCUUUUCCCCGACUGGGCCUUUCCUUCCGACUCCGAACACGACAAAGUGAAGACAAGUCAAGCACGGGACCUGCUGUCCAAAAUGCUGGUCGUUGAUCCCGAAUGCCGCAUCUCCGUAGAAGAAGCCCUCAAUCACCCGUACAUCCACGUGUGGUACGACCCCGGAGAGGCGGACGCGCCUCCUCCCCAGAUUUCAGACAAACAGCUGGAAGAGAGAGAGCACUCCAUCGAGCAAUGGAAAGAACUAAUUUAUGAAGAGGUGAUUGAUUGGGAAGAGAGGAACAAGAAUGGACUGAUGAAAGAAGACAGUUCAGAUGUGGUGUCAGGUUCAGCCUCGCAGUCCUCGUCAGCAAACGACAUCUCGUCCAUGUCCACGGAGCACACCUUGGCCUCGGACACGGACAGCAGCAGCAUCGACACACUGACGGGGCCGCUGGACGAGAGUCAGUGAACACAGUCUGUGGCCGCGUCCUUCUGCCUGCCUCCCAGUUACAAGAUCCCAAUAUCAGCCCACCGCCACCUUCCUUUCACUCCCCUUUUUGGGUUCUGUGAUUUUCCUCCUUUUUCUUCCUCUUCAGCAUCAACAAAUAGGUCUAUUUUUGCUUUUUUCCUUCUUGUUUGUGAUUCAACAAGAAUCACAAACAAGAACCUCCGCUUUAUCUCUCUCUUUUGUGGAUAUUGUUUACCUAUAUCGAGUAUAUACAACGUAUGCAUCCAUAUUGAUUUCAGGUUACCAGGAGUAGGUGGAGGAAUUGUCGUUUGUCUUGUAUGCCUGUGUUUUAAUAUUUUUAUUUUUUUAACAAAUAUUAUCUUGAGACCAGAAGAUAUCAAAUCAGAGCGGACUAGCACUGAAAAUAGACCACAGCUGCUUCUCAUGCAUGUUCCGCCCACACAAACAAAAGCUGACCAUAGGUCAUCUAAUCACAAUCCCAUGAUGAUCAAAUACUCCUGCAACGUUUGAUCGAGCCUUUAGCUAGCUCGCAGUAUUACAGAUCUGCACUGCAGGGCUUUCUGCACCGUCUUUUUAAUCAGUUGCCUUGAGUCAUGUGGAUUUUGAGAUUUUACCCCCUUCUAGCUCGAGGAAGUCUUUUUAUUUCCUGCUAUAAGUAGCUGUAAAGAUGUCGUGAUCUGACACUCGUAGUGGCCGUUGGCCCUGUCAUCAGUAACGGAUGAGGCGCGCUUGUUUCGUUUGUAUGAAAUUUAACAUUUCUGUAGAACUCUAUACUGCCCCGCCAUUAGACAUAAGGUACUAAAAAUGUGUGUGUCAAAACAAUAUCGUAAUCGUGUAUGUUGGAGAGGCAAAAAGAUAUACAUGUGGUAUUUAUUUUUUCUGUUCUUGCAAAAUGUUGCACUCAAUCACAUCGAGGCGCGACUAAAAAUAUGCCUCGUGUCAAAGUAUUUCAUCGCUCCUUUUCUAAACCAUUCCAUCGGUCCUGGAGCAGUCACUCAAAUCAUCACGUAUCAGACAUCAUGUAGAUAAAGGCUGUAAAACACAAAUAACGGUGUUUACUUUGCAUGGAGGCAUUAAAGAUGCCAAUAGGAUACCGUAGUUCUCGUUAUAAAGAGAAAUCCGUUCAGGUCAGUUCUUUUACUUCCGGUACCCUGAUGUUCCUGGUUCUAAAAGCCUUUUUGGUGCAGAUGUUUUGGGGUUUUAUUUGCCUUGUGAGCCUUUGUCUUUCUUUGUGUGUGUGUGUGUGUGUGUGUGUGUCUUAUAGAACACACAAAUGUACUGUGCAUCGCUCUCCUUUAAAUCGUCCUUGAAGACAGCAGUCGCCCGGUUGUAAGGGCAAAGUCUACGGAGGAAGCUGUUCCCUCGACCAAAAGCAAACCCGCCGUGGUUUAAAGGCAGGAUGCGACUGGAGAGUCCAGAGGGAACAUCUGGACCCUGGCGCUCGAGAUGGAAAAACUUCCAUCUCGGAAAGAUGAGAGAAUUGGACUGUGGAGCUGCUUUUUGCAGAACUGAUUGCACAUUGUAAUGGACAUGCAGAAAUAGGACCGUAUGGAGUAUCACUAAUGUUUUAACCGUUGCACUCGUUUUUUUAUAUUUUUUUAUGUGCUGUUAUUCUUUAAGUCAUGCCUUAAAUGACCUGUGGAGUGGCAACUUCACCCAACUCUUCUCAGAUUCGGUCUGAGCAUUACAGAGCUCAGGCGCCUUUACCACGGCUACCGUGUUAAAGAGAAAAAGUUCCAUUGUAAAACCUGCGCAUCUCACAAUUUAGUUCAGUUAGUUUCUCGUUUUAUUGUCGAAGAUGUCCUGUGUUGUUGCAAUGACCACAAUACUAUCACCUGGCCAACAUCUUUUGCCCAUGCGUAACUAAUAAAGUGGACAUCGGUGAUACGUU